CGCGCGUGUGCGCGCGGUUCCGCGGCUCCGAAAGCUUUAGUACAAAUAUGUUCAGCCCUUGCUUUAGUCCGCGGGCUUUAAUCCCCCGCACGCAUUUCCAGCCGCGUGGAAAUAGCAGCCCAGUAACUCCCGAGCCGCGGCUGCCGGGGAGAUUGUGUGUGUGAUCCGUGCCGAGGCCACGGGUUCCUGAGGAUCUUAGGGACAGCCGAGCAUCCUGAGCGGCACAUUCCCGGCGGAUCCCAGCGGGCUGGGAGCUCCGGCUGAGGGAUCCAGCUCCAGCUCCUCGGCACGGUCCCCAGAGAGAGAUAAAGGAGCCCGCGCACCGUCGGCGGGGAUGCCGGUGAAGCGAGCGGGCUGCCUCCCCCUCUCUGCCCAGCGCAGGACCAGCGGCUGACUGGAAGCUGGAAUGUUUCCCACUCCACGCGAUGCCCAGCCCUGCCUGCUCUGCCCCUAGCCUGGCUUCCCAGGGGUGACAUUCCCUGUUUUCUCCUGUUCCGAGAGCAGUGCCACCGAGCAUGCCGCAGAAAGCCGCCCUGCAGCCGAAGCCCAGGGGAGCUUUCCAGUGAGUCCAGCUCCUUAAAAGCCAGAGCUGCCCCUUCCCACCCCGGCGUUGGGAAGCGUCUCCGACAGCGAAUUCCCCUGCGCCCAGCGGGUGUUGAGGUCCUGGGGUGCAGGCUGGAGGAGGGGGCUGCCAUGGAAGAGAAUGUGCUCAGCGUGCAGCAGAUCCAGCCCAACGUCAUCUCGGUGAGGCUCUUCAAGCGCAAGGUGGGCGGCCUCGGCUUCCUGGUGAAGGAGCGCGUCAGCAAACCGCCCGUCAUCAUCUCUGACCUGAUCCGGGGAGGGGCUGCCGAGCAGAGUGGCCUCAUCCAGGCUGGGGAUAUCAUUUUAGCCGUCAAUGGCAGGCCCCUGGUGGACAUGAGCUAUGAGACGGCGCUGGAGAUCCUGAGGAGCAUCGCCUCCGAGACCUACGUGGUCCUCAUCCUGCGCGGCCCCGAGGGCUUCACCACUCACCUGGAGACCACUUUCACGGGUGACGGGACGCCCAAAACCAUCCGUGUCACCAGACCCCUGUGCCCGGCUCCGAAAGCGGUUGACUUGUCCAACCCAAGCAUCCCCAGCAAAGAGCAGCCACUGCCAGCAGCCAUGGGCUCCCUGUGGAGCAGGGAAACGGGGAAGGAGGUGGAGCCCAUGGUCCACGUUAACGGCGUCGUUCCCGGCAGCAAAGGGCCGGACGCCAGCAAGGGCAAGGACGGGGCUUGUGGUCACUCCUGUCUCAAUGGCAGCGUGGAAGACAAUGAGCUGCUCAAAGAAAUCGAGCCCGUCCUGGACCUGCUGAAGAGCAGCAGUAAGGACAGCGAUGGAGAUGCGCCCUCCAAGGUAGAGACACGGGAUAUAGAAGUCCAGGUGGACUGUUUCAGGGAAGGGGAGAACAACCCCCAGAAAGCUGUGCCGGCACGGAUGGAGAACGAGCGUGUCCUGGGGGACCUGUGGGGGAAGAGCACCGUCCCCGUGGUCCUGAACAACCCCUACUCCGAAGCAGAGCAGCCGCCGCCAUCCGGGCGCCAGUCCCCGACCAAGAACACCCUCAAUGGGAGCCCUUCCAAAUGCCCCCGGUUCGUGAAAAUCAAGAACUGGGAGACGGGCUCCGUGCUCCACGACACCCUGCACCUCAAGACUGCCAUGGCCACGGCGUGCACCGAGCAGAUCUGCAUGGGCUCCGUGAUGACCCCCAGCCCCCACGUCCGCAAGUCAGAGGACACCAGGACCAAGGAGGAGGUGCUGCUCCUGGCCAAGGACUUCAUUGACCAGUACUACUCCUCCAUCAAGAGAUCCGGCUCCAAGGCCCACAUGGAGAGGCUGGAGGAGGUGACCAAGGAGAUUGAGGCCACUGACACCUACCAGCUGCGGGACACGGAGCUGAUCUACGGGGCCAAGCACGCCUGGAGAAACGCGGCGCGGUGCGUGGGCAGGAUCCAGUGGUCCAAGCUGCAGGUGUUCGAUGCCCGGGACUGCACCACGGCCCAUGGGAUGUUCAAUUACAUCUGCAACCACAUCAAGUACGCCACCAACAAGGGGAACCUCAGAUCCGCCAUCACCAUCUUCCCGCAGCGCACGGACAGCAAGCACGACUUCCGCAUCUGGAACGCGCAGCUGAUCCGCUACGCCGGCUACAAACAGCCCGACGGCACCGUCCUGGGGGAUCCCGCAAACGUGGAGCUGACCGAGAUCUGCAUCCAGCAGGGCUGGAAGGCGCCGUACGGGCGCUUCGAUAUCCUGCCCCUGCUCCUCCAGGCCAACGGCAACGACCCGGAGCUCUUCGAAAUCCCGCCGGAGCUCGUGCUGGAAGUGCCCAUCCGGCACCCCAAGUUUGAGUGGUUUAAGGACCUGGGCCUCAAGUGGUACGGGCUGCCAGCUGUUUCCAACAUGCUCCUGGAGAUCGGGGGCUUGGAGUUCUCCGCCUGCCCCUUCAGUGGCUGGUACAUGGGCACGGAGAUCGGCGUCCGUGACUACUGCGACAACUCCCGCUACAACAUCCUGGAGCAAGUGGCCAAGAAAAUGAACCUGGACAUGAGGAAAACCUCGUCGCUGUGGAAGGACCAGGCCCUGGUGGAGAUCAACAUCGCUGUGCUCUACAGCUUCCAGAGUGACAAGGUGACCAUCGUGGAUCACCACUCGGCCACCGAGUCCUUCAUCAAGCACAUGGAGAACGAGUACCGGUGCCGGGGGGGCUGUCCCGCCGACUGGGUCUGGAUUGUGCCGCCCAUGUCGGGCAGCAUCACCCCGGUGUUCCACCAGGAGAUGCUCAACUACCGCCUGACGCCCUCCUUCGAGUACCAGCCGGACCCCUGGAACACCCACGUCUGGAAAGGAGUCAAUGGGACACCCACCAAGAAGAGGGCCAUUGGCUUUAAGAAGCUGGCAAAGGCUGUGAAGUUCUCAGCCAAGCUGAUGGGCCAAGCCAUGGCCAAGAGGGUCAAGGCCACCAUCCUGUACGCCACGGAGACGGGGAAGUCCCAGGUCUACGCAAAAACUCUGUGCGAGAUCUUCAAACACGCCUUCGAUGCAAAGGUGAUGUCCAUGGACGAGUACGACAUCGUGCACCUGGAGCACGAGACCAUGGUCCUGGUGGUCACCAGCACCUUCGGCAACGGGGACCCCCCUGAGAACGGAGAGAAAUUUGGCUGCGCAUUGAUGGAGAUGAAGAAUCCCAACUCCAACCUGGAGGAGAGGAAGAGCUACAAGGUGCGGUUCAACAGCGUCUCCUCCUACUCGGAUGCACGGAAAUCCUCCAGCGAUGGCCCCGACUCCAGGGACAACUUUGAGAGCACGGGGCCCCUGGCAAACGUCAGGUUCUCCGUGUUCGGGCUGGGCUCCCGCGCUUACCCCCAUUUCUGCGCCUUCGCCCGCGCCGUGGACACGCUCCUGGAGGAGCUGGGCGGAGAGAGGAUCCUCCGCAUGGGAGAGGGGGAUGAGCUCUGUGGCCAGGAGGAGUCCUUCAGGACCUGGGCCAAGAAAGUCUUCAAGGCAGCGUGUGACGUGUUCUGCGUGGGGGACGACGUCAACAUCGAGAAAGCCAACAACUCCCUCAUCAGCAACGACCGCAGCUGGAAGAGGAGCAAGUUCCGCCUGACCUACGUGGCCGAGGCCCCGGAGCUCACACAAGGACUGUACAGCAUCCACAAAAAACGCGUCUAUGCAGCCCGGCUCCUCACGCGCCAGAACCUGCAGAGCCCCAAAUCCAGCCGCCUGACGAUUUUCCUGCGCCUGCACACCAACGGGCACCAGGAGCUGCAGUACCUGCCCGGGGACCACCUGGGCGUGUUCCCAGGGAACCACGAGGACUUGGUCAAUGCCCUCAUAGACAGGCUUGAAGAUGCCCCUCCGGCCAACCAGCUGGUGAAGGUGGAGCUGCUGGAGGAGAGGAACACGGCUCUAGGUGUCAUCAGCAACUGGACAGACGAGAACCGUGUCCCACCCUGCACCAUCUUCCAGGCCUUCACGUACUACCUGGACAUCACCACCCCUCCCACGCCGCUGCUGCUGCAGCAGUUCGCUCUGCUGGCCACCAGUGACAAGGAGAAGAAACGUCUGCAGGUCCUCAGCAAGGGCUUGCAGGAGUACGAGGAGUGGAAGUGGUCCAAGAACCCCACGAUUGUGGAGGUGCUGGAGGAGUUCCCCUCAGUGCAGAUGCCCUCCACGCUGCUGCUCACCCAGCUCCCCCUCCUCCAGCCUCGCUACUACUCCAUCAGCUCGUCCCCGGAGAUGUACCCAGGAGAGGUCCACCUCACCGUGGCCGUGGUGUCCUACCGCACCCGAGAUGGAGAAGGACCCAUCCACCACGGAGUCUGCUCCUCGUGGCUCAAUCGGAUCCAGACAGAUGAAGUGGUGCCCUGCUUUGUACGAGGGGCGCCCGGGUUCCACCUGCCCCAGGACCCCCAGGUGCCCUGCAUCCUCAUCGGCCCCGGCACCGGCAUCGCCCCUUUCCGCAGCUUCUGGCAGCAGCGGCUCUUCGACAUCCAGCACAAAGGGCUGAAGCCUUGUCCCAUGGUCCUGGUGUUCGGCUGCCGGCAGUCCAGGAUCGACCACAUCUACAAGGAGGAGACGCUCUUUGCCAAAACCCAAGGUGUCUUCAGAGAGCUGUACACGGCCUAUUCCCGGGAACCGGACAAACCAAAGAAAUACGUGCAGGACGUGUUGCAGGAGCAGCUGGCCCAGACGGUGUUCAAAGCGCUGAAGGAGCAGGGAGGCCACAUCUACGUGUGCGGGGAUGUCACCAUGGCCGGGGACGUCCUGAAGGCCGUGCAGCGCAUCGUGCGGCAGCAGGGCCAGCUGUCGGCGGAGGAGGCUGGAGCCUUCCUCAGCAAGCUGCGGGAUGACAGCCGGUACCACGAGGAUAUUUUCGGAGUCACCCUGCGCACGUACGAGGUGACAAACCGCCUUAGAUCCGAGUCCAUCGCGUUCAUCGAGGAGAGCAAAAAAGACACGGAUGAGGUUUUCUGCUCCUAACUGGACCCUCUGCCCCCCGGGGGAUGCCAAACCAGUCCCAGCACCUGCUGCCCCCUCCAGCUGGAGGGCACUGGGUUUUGUAUUUCACGGACACGGUGGCUCCUUUUCCACGGGGAACUGCCCAUGGAAAGCGCUCUGUCUCUCGUCCUGUUGUUGUGUACUGAUGAUGAUGAUGAUGAUGACGACUUUUAUUUCCUUUUCUUCCUCUUCCUCUUGCUCUUGUCCUGUGGCCAUUUCUUUUCACCUCCUUCCUUCCCCUUCCCUGGAUUUCCCCACUGGAGUUUGAUGGCUUUAUAACCUGCAGUGGCUCUUUCCAGAAUUCCACAUUUCCCCUCCUUCCCAUGAGGGUAUUUCGCAGCUGCAUGAAAUCACCACCUUUGUGAUCAUUUCUGGGCAUUUUUGGGGGUGAGCAGAGGUGGCAGGGGCUGGGCAAUGGUGAGGUCUUGUUGCUUGUCCAGAGCUGGGGGUUGUUCCUGCCAGGCUCCCUCUUUCCGCAGCUCGGGGCUUGGCUGAAUCCUUGUGUUUUCACGGCUUUCCUUUGGAUUUGGACAAACCUGGGCUCAUGCCCGAGGCUGGGGGCAGAUGAUGUGCAAUGCCCUCGUGCCCAUGAGUUAUCCCCCCCCAAGCAGCCCAGGUACAGCUGUGUGGUUUUUGAUCUGAUUUACGCCUCACGAUUCCUCCUGAACGGGCUCUGCGCUUUGUCUCCCUUUCCCUGCUCCCUUUCCCUGCUCCCUGUGAGCCUCUCCUUUUGCUCAAUCCCCAACUUUUGCUGGCGUGGAAGUUCUCCCACACGCUCUGAACGCACAGGCUGAUGCGCAGGCUAAGGAAAAGCUCCUGGCAGUGACUUCUCCAGAGGGUUUGUCAGGGAAUAUUCCAUCUGCAGCCAAACUCCGAGGGCCUGGCUGCACCCAGAGCUCUGCACGCCAUGAUCCCUCUCCCAGCCAUGAGGAUGGACAGAAGCAGCUCCAGCUGCCAGAGGAACCUCUUGGGAACAAAGGCAGCCCUUGGAGGGGGAUGGAGGCUCCAGGUCCUUGGCGAGGAUGUGCCAGCGGAGCAUCCUGAAAUCCCAGAGCCAUCAGCUCUUAGCACACUUCAUCAGCACCUCUGGGACAGCAGAUCCCAGCCCCUUCCACAUUUCAGGGAGCAGAAAGUGCCACCAUGGAGCGACCUGCCUGCCAAGAGAGACACGUGUGGCAUUUUGGGGGUGAGCCAGCCCCCUCUGUGCCACCUACCAGGGCCACGAGCUGUCUCAGCCAGGACACCUCAUGUGAGAAGGGAGGUGAGAUCAGCUGCAAAGGUGCCGGGCUCUGACAUGCUCACACCUCAGCCCUGCUGCAAAAACCUGGCCCCAAAAGCAAUUUGUUAACACAACCACAGGAAGGCUGGAGAAAACAGAAAGCCUCUAACAGAGAAAAGCUGCCUGCAAGGGAAAGAAAACAUGACCUUGUGUGUCCUUCCUCCUGCUGCACCCUGAAGCAUCACAGAAUAUUCUGAAUUGGAAGGGACCCACAGGGACCAAGCCCUGCUCCUGAUGGAAUGGCCCAUCCAGUGGUUGAACCUCGGCGUUUUCAGCACCCAACUAAGCCAAUCCCAGGUUUGUCCUCCCUCGCUGCCAGCACAGGGACAGCAGGACGUGCCCGCAGCUCGUGCUGGGGGCAGGGGUGCAGGGUUGGCAUCUCGAGGUGGCAGCUGCUGAUCCUGCUCUCCUGCCCCGCUCCGCUCAGCUGUGCACGGACGCCUGGAUGGAGCCGAGCACCUGAACUGGCAACUGGCAGAUUGUCCAGGAGCUUUCCCAGGGCUGAGAUCACCUGCCCUGAGCCAAAGGCAGCACAAAAAGAGCUGCAGGAGGUUUGCUGCUCUCCCAGCCCCUGGAACGAGCCCCACUGGCUCCCCCAUCCCAGGCUGUGCUGUUAUUCCCACCGUCAGUCAGGAUCUCCUGCCCUCUCCACGGGCUGUGACACUUCCUGCAGUUUCGAAUCCCUGAAGCUUCUCCAGCCCAAAAUCCAGGAGCAGAAGGGCUCCAGGCAUUGGAAGAAUUUGAGAUCCUGCUCUGCUGAGCAUCCAACACGGGAUAAAACGAAUAAAUGCUGCCACAGUGUGGCCGGAGCUGAGCUCGCUGCGCUGGCAGGGCUGGGACACUCGGCCGGCUGGGUGGCACUGCCUGGGGACUUGGUGACCUGGAGGUGAAAGCGGGAGAGCACCGGGCAAAGGGCAGCUCACCCCUGCGGGUUGUGCCCCAAUCCCGGGGCGGGCAGUGGCAUGGGGGAGCUGGGUCCCUUGGCUUGGGAUGUGUGAGUUUGGGAGAGGUCCUGUCUGGGAGAAAACCCGCUGGCCCCAGAGCUGGGAACACGCAGCAAGCUUGGCCCUGACCCCCCACCCUGCGGCUGCAGAAACAAAGCUAAAAUCAGAAGAGAAUCGGAUUCGUCCUCCUCGUUUGGGAAAUUCUGGCUCCGGCUUUGUGCUCUGGUCCUCCUUUAGAAAAGGGGCGCCCUGAGGAGGAGGAAGAAGAGGAGGUAGUGCCCAAAGAAGCAUCCCUCUGUCCUCUUCCCAGCUCACGCCGUGGCGCUGGCAAGUUUCUGCCUCCUGUCCUGCCUCCUGCCCGCUCUGCUGAACCAUCUCCCAUCGGCAGCCCGUGCCUCAGCUGGAUUAUCCCGCUUCUCCGGCACCCCGAAGCUCGCCGCCUCCGUCUCCCCCCAGCCGGAGCCGCCGGGGAGCCCCGCAGGGAAGCGCAGCCCUGCAUCCCGGGGCUCUGCCGAGGGCUCUGGGCCGGGCGGGCAGGCACAGCUCCACCAGCACCGCGGGGCUGAGCCCGCCGAGCCCUCGGGAUGGGAAAUGCUGGUCUGAGGCUCCUCGCCUGGAGCCGGAGGAGAAACCCCCUCCCCGCCAGGAAGGUCCAUGAAGCUAAAGCCCCCCAGGGCUCCGAGCUGCCUCUGCUCCCGCAGCCUGAGCGGGACCGCUGGCUCCUCACAGGCUGCACCGCUGGGAAUUUCGAGUCACUGUUUGCUGUUGAGUCAGUCUCAGACGUCUGAACUGCUCCCCUUCAUCCCCUCCACCUGCAGGGGCUUCGCACUCCCCUCGAGCUUCAUUUACUCCCACGGCAACGGGGGAAAGAACCUUGUGGAUGUGCUCUGUUAUUCCCGAAACGCGGCUCUUCCAGCACGGACUCUGCUCGUCUCCUGGGGCAUUUCUGACGUGGGGGCACAGCCACGACAUCUCUGCUGUAAACACAGAGUGAGGAGGGCUCUGCUCCCGCCCGGUGCCCUGAGCAGCUCCAGGGUGUCACACACGGAGGGCUUGUGCCUCUGGGGCACUUGGGUGACAAAUCUGUCCCCUCUGGGUGCCUGCUGCCCACCCCCUCCUGUGCUGGACUGAUGGACACCCAGCCUGGCCACUCUCCUGAGGAUCUCCCCCACCACCACCUCCCUUUUUGAGCAGCUCUGCUCCUUUUCGCUCUCCAGGUGUUAAAGAGACUCUCCUCUGAACAGGAGGUUUGAUUUUCAAGACGCUACCAAGUGGAUUUUUUUGCAAAGAUUUUAAUUCCUAGGUCUUUCAAGCGUCUGCUGAGAGUCCUUCUACGGAUUUGGAAACCCACGGGAAAAGGUUCCGUGCGUUCCCGACCUGCUGUGUCCACCAGCAGGGAAAAACCACUCAGUGCAAGGGUAUCCAGUGCCUGUGGUGUUGGUGAUUUCUGAGGUUUCAUCUCCCAGGAAGGACUGGCGGGGAGUUUGUUGUUGUUCUGCUUAUGAGAGACAACGGGAAACCAGUGAGACAAUGGGAAAACAAUGGGACAACGGGAAAACAGCGAGACAUCUGCCUCCAGGAGUGGCCUCACAGAGCUGUCAGCUCCCCGUCGUGGCCUGAGCUCGUGGCACGAGAGGAACUGAGCCAGUCACAUCCAAACUGGCCAGAGAAAUGGGGCCUGACCCCGGGCUGCCCACGCUCCCCACCCCCUCUGUGCCUGUGUGUCCCCAGGGGGAGCAGGGACGCUGUUCACACCCUGAGCAGUGGGAUCUGACGUGUCUGGGCAUGGCCAGCGAUCCUGCAGGGUGUCCUGGGCCCGGGAACCACGGCCCCGCAGGACAGGAGGUGGGAAGAGACCGGACAAUGAUCCCGUGUCCAGCCUGUGGCUGCUCCCAUAGAUCCUUUCCUGUCACCCCAUCCCGGCUGUAUCCCAGGCUCUCUCUGCCACUUCCCUCUGGAGAUCCCUCCUUCUGGGCCCUGCCUGCCCCGCUGGAAGUGCUGGUGCUGGGCAUGGACACGGACUCACAGUGCCUUGUGCUGGGGAGGGAGCGUGGCCCUGCUCCUGCCCCUGACUCCGUUUGGCACGGGCAGGGAAAUUCCCCCUGGGAUAACUGGGAGCAGACUCAGCCCUGCUCAGCCCCAUCUCCCCGAGGUGGGGUUUUACAGGGAGCUGGAGGUGGGGAGAGGUCACAAUGGGGGUGCAAACCGGGCCCCACGGGGCUGGGAACUCUCCCUCAGCCCGGAGAGCCCGUUCUGGUUAAACUGUGGGGGGAGAGGUCGUGUUUGUGCUUGAAGCCCCAUGGACUUGCACCAAGCCCAGGCCAAAGCUGCUGCCUCCUGAAUUCUGACUGAAGCCGUUCCAUUGCCCUCUGAGGGCUCCCACCAUUUUUUGGAAGGAUAAUUUUAUGCUCGGCACUAAAUUCUGUUGCUGCUUUCACCAGGGACUAGCUCUCAGCUUCAGAAUUGCUCUGGUAACUCUGCAGUUGCAUUGAUAGUUCCAGAGGGGAGCCCAGUCCCUUCACAGAACAGAUGGAGACACAUUUUCAGGACCAUUCCACUUUGCUGUAACUCCGUGUCUGUUGCAACAAUUCCUUCUGCUGUAACAGGGGGAGCAAAAUUUGGCCGGUGCUCUUGGAAACCUGUAACCCUGAACUCGGACAAAACUAUGGAAUCCAAGUCCUCCCAGACCCAAAAUGCCUUCCACACCUGCUGGCUCCAGUGGCACUGGGGAUUUUGGCAGCUCGCGCAGCAGCAAAUUCAGAGUAUUUCUGCGUGUGUCAAUCCGCGCUUGCACGUGCCUGCGAUGCAUGGCUCCAGCAGCCCCCGGGAAAUCUCCCCUUUCCCAGGGAGAUCCCAGCUCCAGCUUCUUCCAUGUGGCUGUGGGUGCUCAGCAGGGAGUCAGGGGAGUGGGAGGAAGUUGCUGCUGCAAAACACUUGGUUCCAGAAGUGAAACGGAAUUUAGGAGAGGUCAGAAAUCAGCCUGCUUUAGCACAGGGAAACUCGUGGAACAUCCAAGCAUUGCCAUGCAGAUCCACCUUUUUUUUUUCCUGCUGGGAAAAUCAAGCAGACUGGAAACUCCUGGCCUCCACCCCUACAGAUGUUUGGCUGUGAGGAAAGUUUGAGCCCUGGAAUCACAGGAAUAAAACCCCAACAGGUUGUGAGCCCACAGCUGGGCAGUGGCAGCUCUUGGGCUGAUGCUCUCCUGCCACACUCAUCCGUGUCCUGCCCAGCCAGAUUUUGGGGAGGGAGGAGGGAGGAAGCGCCUCAAAGUGAGCAAAUCAAACCUGUGGGUCAGGCCCUGGGAGUUCCUGGUUUAUCAGGAGCCUAUAGGGUAAAGUUUUGCAGCUAUUCCUCAUCAGCGUGGUGAGGAAUUGGGCAAGGCACCAGAGAUUUCUCUGGCAUCCAUGGGCCAAAGCUUUCAGAGCUGUUCUGGAGCUGUGGAAAAGCAGGAAGGCAGUGCUGGGAUGCGGGGCAGCUCCUGCCCAGCUCUCUGCAGGGCUGGCGCAGAAAUCUGUCGGUGAAAAGCACCAGGCAAAGUAUUUUCCUUCCAGGGGCGUCCUUAACACCUGGAAAAUUGAAAGGCUAAAUACUGGAAAAGUUGAUCUAGGAGAGGAACUGAUUCGGGGCUUCUUUUUGUUGCUUUGUUUUCAUGUGUUGGUUUUGGGGUGGGCGAAGCAAACAGAGAGCAAACAGCCAGUGUAUCAAAUUGGGAUUAAAUCAAACGUUCUGUUCCUACAGUAACUGCUAGCGGAGAUUUUUAAAAUUUAUCAAGGGCAACGAAACAGCCUUAAUUAACUGAGACAUUAAUGCUCCUUGCUUCUGAGCCUGCUUUUGCGUUCUCCUCUCCGUGUGAUCGUGGCGUGGAAUCCUGUCUUAACCAAACCCACCUGCCAGUAGCCCACAGGAUGCCCAGGAACGUGAGAUGGAGUUGGAGAAUCUCCCUGCAAGUGAGGUUCAGUGCGAAAUCCCCGCUUUGCUAAAAUCCUACAGCACAGGCAAAUCCCCACAACUCCCAGGGUUGAAUUCCCACACUCUGCUGCCUCGAAAUGCCUUUAAAAACCCCGGGCUCUGUGUGCUUUGUGAGUAGUCUGCAGCUUUUCCAGAGUGCACACACAAUUCCCCAGGCAGAGGAUGAGCGGAGCGGGAUGACUUUCAGCCGGGCCUCGUUGCUUUUUCGAUUGCACGGAGUUAAAAACACGGCUCCUGCCAGCUGCCCGGGGAAUUUGAUAUUCAGUGCCAAUUAAUUUUUGUAAUAGGAGCAGGGAUUUAUCCCCUCGGCUCCCUCAGUCUCAGACUCAAAGGUUGGGGGUGGAUUCUUUAAUUUUCCGGUGGCCUUUUCCUGAAGAGCAGCGGUGCCACGAUGAGGACGGGGACUGGGCUGGGAAGGGUGGCAGCGUUGGGGCAGGCAACUCCCAAAUUUCCCAGUGUGAAACCUUCAGCUUCGGGUAAAUCCUGCUGGGCUGCGUGGGACUCCAGGCCCUGGCUGCUCCCUGCUUCUCGCUCCCCUCAGCACCCCUCACGUCACUGUGCCUUCAUUCGCUCGAGGAAACGAUGCCAUGAUUUGAGCCUGGCACUCUCACUUUGCAUCCCAUCAAACAGCUCGGUGUGUGUGGGGCAGGGGGAGCUGAUUCUGUAGCUGUUCGUGUGCGAUCCCGAGGUAGGUUUGUGCUGAGGAGCCAUGGGGUGGGCCGAGCCCGCCUUGCGUGUCACCCUACCAGUGCUUUAAGCAGCCAGAAACGUGGUUCUUCCCCUACCUCUGAGCUCUCAAUGCUGCUAAAAUCUCUGCCGUUCGUCCCCUGUGCUCCAGCCCCUCUCUCAGACUGACUCUGGCUCUGUUUGCAAGAUACCCACGUUGUUCUGAAGCAUGCACCUUCUCUCUGUAUAGUCCCAAUCUUCUGAUUUUAUGGAAUACUUAUGCCUGUUUGCAUUACAGUCAAAAUAAAAAUAAUUAAAAAAAAAAAAAGCGAACUAAAAG